GGGACGGAUGUGGGCACACAGUGAUGUAUCAAGACAGCGGGACCCUGGCAUCCAAGAACUAUCCCGGGACGUACCCAAAUUACACCCUUUGUGAAAAGAAAAUCCAAGUGCCUCUGGGAAAACGCCUGAUCUUAAAAAUUGGGGACCUGGAUAUCGAAUCACAGAAGUGCGAGUCCAGCUACCUUACCAUCCAGAGCUCUUCAACAGUGCACGGGCCUUACUGUGGUAAUGUGAUGCCCGUCCCCAAAGAAAUCAUUCUGGAUAGCAAUGAAGCGACUAUUCACUUUGAGAGUGGAUCCCACGUGUCAGGACGAGGUUUUCUGUUGUCCUAUGCCAGUAGUGAUCAUCCAGAUCUAAUCACGUGUUUGGAACGAGCGAACCACUACGCAAAGGCUGAGUACAGCAGAUACUGUCCUGCUGGCUGCAGAGACAUAGCAGGUGACAUUUCUGGGAAUAUCGGAGAAGGAUACAGAGAUACCUCGCUGCUGUGCAAGUCGGCGAUACAUGCAGGCGUUAUCACGGACGAGCUGGGCGGUCAGAUCAGCGUCACCCAGCAGAAGGGCAUCAGCCGCUACGAAGGUGUCGUCGCCAACGGCGUCUCUUCACACGAGGGUUCUCUGUCAGAUAAGCGGUUUAUAUUUAUUUCAAAUGGCUGCAAUAAAUCUCUCAGUCUGGAAGAGGGAUUCCUCUCCAGGAGCCAGGUUACUGCAUCUUCCCACUGGGAGGAGACCAACGAAUUUGGGCAACUGUUCCAGUGGUCUCCCGACAAGGCCUGGCUUCAAGUUCCGGGAUUGGCUUGGGCCUCUAACCACAGCAGCAAUCGCGAAUGGCUGGAGAUAGACUUGGGAGAGAAGAAGAGAAUAACAGGGAUUAAGACUGCUGGUUCUGGAUCCACUACGCUGAAUUUCAACUUUUACGUAAAGACAUUUACAAUGAACUACAAAAACAGCAACUCGAAAUGGAGAACUUACAAGGGGAUUCUGAGCAAUGAGGAAAAGGUAUUCCAAGGCAACUCCAACUCUGGUGACGUAGUACGCAAUAACUUCAUCCCGCCCAUAGUGGCCCGUUACGUGCGAAUUAUCCCCCAGACGUGGAACCAAAGAAUAGCAGUGAAGCUCGAGCUGAUGGGUUGUCGAAUAAUGCAAGCCAAUAGUUCAUUUACGCAUUCAAUGUGGCAGAAACCAAGUCAGAGCACGGAAACCUCCCUUGGAAAAGAAGACAGGACUGUUACGGAACCCAUCCCAUCAGAAGAAACUAACUUGGGUUUAAAGCUUACAGCUAUAAUUGUGCCCAUCCUCAUCGUGCUGUGUCUCUUCCUGUUCUCUGGAAUCUGUAUCUGUGCAGCCCUACGCAAGCGAGAAGCCAAAGGACUUUCUUACGGAUUAGCCAGUGCUCAAAAAUCAGGUUGUUGGAAACAAAUCAAGCAGCCCUUCACCAGACAUCAGUCAACUGAAUUUACCAUCAGCUAUAAUAACGAUAAGGAGACACCACAAAAACUAGAUCUGGUCACCAGCGACAUGGCAGAUUACCAGCAGCCUCUCAUGAUCGGGACUGGGACGGUAACACGGAAAGGAUCUACUUUUCGACCCAUGGACACCAAAGACGAGGGAAGAAGGGGGAGUUCAGAGUUCGAAAACCACUAUCACUGUCCACACAGAGCUAACCGGCACGAGUACGCUCUGCCCCUGACCAGCCAAGAGCCCGAAUACGCCACCCCCAUCAUAGAGCGGCACGUCGCAAGAGAAAAUAACUUCCCCUCUGAAAACGGCUACAACGUACCUGUCGUCUCAUCUCGGCAACACUCCCUUUCUGCCGGCAGCUUCUCCAGUUCAUGUAAGACUGAUACCAGGAACGGAGACUAUCAGACGCCCCAGAGCGUCAUAAACUACGACAAACCCAAAGCUAAUGGUGUCCUGUCCUCUGUGAGCUACAGCACAGACUACCAGAAACCUCAGCCCAAUGCCCUCGGGAGCGAGGGCUACUCGACGCCCAGAGACUGCCUCAAACCGAUAAGCCAGACAGCAAUGACAGCUCUCUUGUGA